AGAGGUCCCCGCCCAACCUUCAAAAUUUUGUCCAAAAGCAGACAAGAGGAUCGGCCCGCGCUGAGCCGGCUCGUGGGCAGCAGGAGGCGCCUGAUCGCCGCCGGGGCGCUGGGGGUGGUGAUGGUGCUUCUGCUGGUCAUCCUCAUCCCGGUGCUGGUGAGCUCGGCCGGCACGUCGGCUCACUACGAGAUGCUGGGCACCUGCCGCAUGGUCUGCGACCCCUAUGGAGGCACCAAGGCUCCCAGCACCGCCGCCACUCCGGACCGGGGCCUUAUGCAGUCCCUGCCCACUUUUAUCCAGGGUCCCAAGGGCGAGGCCGGCAGGCCGGGGAAGGCAGGCCCGCGUGGGCCCCCGGGAGAGCCCGGACCGCCGGGCCCCGUGGGGCCCCCGGGCGAGAAGGGAGAACCCGGUCGCCAAGGCUUGCCUGGCCCGCCUGGGGCGCCCGGUCUGAACGCGGCAGGGGCUAUCAGCGCGGCCACCUAUAGCACGGUGCCCAAGAUCGCCUUCUACGCUGGCCUCAAACGGCAGCACGAAGGCUACGAGGUGCUCAAGUUCGACGACGUGGUAACCAACCUCGGAAACCACUACGAUCCCACAACGGGCAAGUUCACCUGCUCCAUCCCUGGUAUCUACUUCUUCACCUACCACGUCCUGAUGCGCGGAGGGGACGGCACCAGCAUGUGGGCUGAUCUCUGCAAAAACAACCAGGUGCGUGCUAGUGCAAUUGCCCAAGAUGCUGAUCAGAAUUACGACUAUGCCAGUAACAGUGUGGUCCUUCACCUGGAACCAGGCGAUGAAGUCUAUAUCAAAUUAGAUGGUGGGAAAGCCCAUGGAGGAAACAACAACAAAUACAGCACAUUCUCUGGAUUUAUUAUUUAUGCUGACUGAUAAUGCAGAGACUGAGCUUGCUGUUCUGAGUUUGAAUGCUGGAUUCGUAUGGCUAACGUCAGUGAAUCAAGGAUCCCAGGGGAUGCCCAUUGCAGGGCAUCUCAGUUGUGUAAAUGUGGGGAGAUCAAAUGCUACCUGACUCACAUCUGUAUCACUCAGACACAUUAUGUAAAAAAGUAUAUAACGCAAGAUAAGCAGAUGUGUGAUCCACUACCGCCAAAGCAAAUACUCCUUAUUGUUAGUGUCCAUGUGAAUGAAGUCCUAUAUAGACCACAAAUUUUUAUAGAAAAAUCUAAAAUACUGAAUUAUUUCUUCGAUAUCUAUGAUACUUUGGUGUACUGUGAUCUUGCUCCUUUAUUCACGUGUCAGCUUUGGUUCUUGUGAGUUUACCUGCUUAUUAAGCUACUUGGAGUCUAUUUGUAGUAUAGGGAGGAGUCAUUUUUUCCCUGCAGGAGAAGGUCUAAUUGAAGUAAUGCUGCUUGUCCCCAAAGAUACUGUUUGCCUUGUACUCUGGUUAUCUUUAGAGCUAGACCUGGGAAUGAUUCAACUUAAAGCCUUAACCUGGAGUUUUCUGGAUUUGUGGAAUUCCCAAGCCUGUGAUCAUUUUCAUAUUUUUUUCUUUUCAGGUGAAUUUUCUUUUCUCUCUCUUUUUUGGUGAUAGUCUGGUUUCUUUUUCUUUUUCUUUUUUUAAAAUAGAGAUUGAAAUUGUAUCAUAGGAUUCCCCUCUAAGUGUGAAAAUGUAUAAUUAUGUACGGUAUUUAGAAAAAACCCAUGUGUCCAUUUCUUCAAUAGAAUACAUUUAGACUCUCUGGAACAGUCAGAGAAAUUUAGUCUUUGGUAUGAAGUCAAAUGGAGGCUUUUGCCUUCUUUGGAACAAAAGAUUGUUCAUAACCUAAGGCACAAAAGUUUAACUUGAGCUACUGCAUGCAUCACCAAGGGGACACUAAGUAAGGCCUUCAAACAGUUACCACAAAUCUGUAGCCUGAGGUUAUUUCAAAAUUAACAGUUUCACAUAGAACCAACAUGACAACAAAGUGUAUAUAUUUUAUAUAAAUAUCUACCACACACUUAUUUAUAUACAUAUAUGUUAGAUGAAAAUAUUAUAUAUAUAUAUAUAUAUAUAUGGCUUCAGUCCACUAGGCACAGUGGCUGUACAGCUCAAAAAUGAAUUUAAAAAUAUGUAUACACACAGAACCAUGCACAAAUUAUUUGACUUAUUUUAGAUCAAAAUAUAUUUUAGACGAUACCAAUACAGAGUAGCAAAAUAAAAAAAAUGACUUCUCUUUAAGAGUUAUCCAGAAAGUCAAAUCGCAGUAGAUUCCAGUGCCCCACGUCACACAUGAGACUUAGUUGACCCCAUGGUAACUGUGUUCCAUAUGCAAUCCAUACUUUAUCUGCAUUCUUUGGCAGACUACUAAUACAGGACUUUAGGAAGCAAGCAGCUCUCUCUUACAAUGGUUAUGAAACAUACACAUUUGAGCAGCCAAUUCUUUUUAUUUCUUUUUGUUGGAUUGAAGCUGACAGUGUAAUGUGAACCCAUUCUCUCUAGUUAAAACACACUGCCAAGAGCCAUCUCUUUAGUGUAAGGGGAAGAUCAAAACGCAUGCGAACAUGUCCUACACACACACAAUUCCCCCUCUUACAGUGGAAACUCUGUUCCCCUUUCAGUUGCCUUUAAACAUUCUUUGACAAGUAGAUUUCAAAACCAGAGAUUUAAAAAUCUGCUUGGUUUACUGGGGAAGGCUAUUUGCAUUUUUUCCCUUUAAAGGAACUGGGCUGUUCUUUUGGCUCACUCAACUUUGGUACUUUUUGUUCUAAUAUACAGAGAGCUUGAUCAGCUAUGAUCAACAGAAAUAGCUUUAGUUUAGCAAACCUUGACUUUUCCAAGAGUUAUGCAUGGUGUUCCCAGCUAAAGGUGGUGUUUGCUGUAUUUAAAUGCCUUGGUCUGAGUAACUGUCGUGAUUUAUAUGAUAAAAACACUUAGAUCAUUCAUCAAGAAUAGUGACUAAUUCGAUUGUGCCCUUCUAAUAUGUAAGGUAAUUCACCAAUGAAUUGCUACACUUUUAAUUUCUAUUUAACAGCAUAUACUUAUGGAUUGCAAGCAAGGGAUUAGAGAUUUGUCUUGGGUACCAAAUCACAUAGUGAGGAUUCAAAGGAUUUAUUUAUAAACAACAGUGUACAUCAAUUAAGCAUUUUAACUAAUAUUUUGAAAAAGCUUUAUUAGAACAGAACUUCAUGGCUGGAUCUCUUCUAAAGAGUAGUGUUUACAAACAGAUUGUCAUUCCAAUAGACCUGACCUUUUCUUUAGAUAAAUAAGCAUUAUUUUCUCUGUUUAGGCCUGAGGAAAAAAGAAAUAAAAGGUACAUGAAAUAAAAGGACUAUAUAUAAGGCAAGCAUUUCUCUUUUUCUUUGCAUUAUAACAUGAAUUAAUUAAAUUGUGGCCUUCGUUAUAAUAACUGUAAUGAUUCAUUAAACUAUAUUAUGUAAUAUAUUUUUACUUUUAUAAUUGCAUUUUUAUAAUUCACUAUUGUUACAUGUUCUUAGACAGACUUUUCAA